CUUUCGUGCAGUCUAACCCCGAAAAGUGCCAGAGUCAACACGCACCCUCCAUUUCGGAAAGUUCGGAAGUAGUAAAAGUGCUGCUGAAAAGAUUGCGUGAUGGCGUUCGGUGAUUAUCCGGCAGAGUACAACCCGAAGGUUCACGGACCGUACGAUCCGGCCCGCUUCUAUGGCAAGCCGGACACCCCGCUCUCGCAGGUAAAACUGAACGAACUGGGUGCUUGGUUCGGCCGUCGGGAUAAGAACCCCAGGGCUGCUGCCGGAGCCAUCAGCCGUGCCUACUGGAGAUGGCAACACAAGUACUGGCAGCCCAAGAGGAUGGGCAUUGCCCCGUUCUUCCAGGUUAUCGUCGGCGGAAUGGUGUUCUUCUACACCAUCAACUACGGUAAACUGAAGCACCACAGGAACUACAAGUACCACUAAAGGGCAGGAAAGCUCUGGAAGGAACAGGAGAAAGCAGAACCAUUAGUACCGUUCGUUAUGUAAGAGACGUGACCCGUGAAAAGAUUCUGAUUGGGUCCGGAGGAUGGUUCUGCUCUUCUGGGAAGUAGUGAUUAGGCGUGCGGAUCUGGUGUUUUUGUUCGGCGGCAAUGGAUUAUGUAAUUCGCGAAAAAUAAAACUUGAAAAUUUA